AUGGUCCGCAUCGCCUCCUCCCUCAUCGCCCUUGCGGCAGCUGCCACCUUGGCAGUCGCCUCUCCAGUCGAGAAGCGCGCUCCCGCCGGCGUUCCUGGCUUCGACAUCAGCCACUACCAAGGUGCGUGAGGAUGUGCGUGAAUGUGUCAGUCAGCGUUCGCCUCGCUGACAGGCAAUGCAUCUGCAGGCACUGUCAACAUGGCAUCGCAAAAGUCCAAAGGUGCUCGCUUUGUCAUCAUCAAGGCCACGGAAGGCACGACCUACACCGACACUUCCUUCUCUGCCAACUACAACGGAGCCACGUCGGCUGGGCUGAUUCGCGGCGCCUACCACUUUGCUCACCCCAACUCUGGAUCUGGCGCUACGCAGGCCAACUACUUCAUCGCUCACGGAGGUGGCUGGUCCAACGAUGGUCGCACUCUGCCCGGCAUGCUCGACAUCGAGGUGCGCAUGCCGCUUUGGUGUUUGACUAUUGCUCGCUAGAGCGACUGCUGACCUGCCUACUCCGUUCUGUACCCCAUCCAGUACAACCCGGGAUCUGGCGGUACUUGCUACGGUCUAUCUGCGGCUUCCAUGGUCAGCUGGAUCAGUGACUUUGUAAACACCUACCACAGCAAGACUGGUCGCUACCCCUUGAUCUACACCACCAACGACUGGUGGAACACUUGCACUGGCAACUCCAAGGCUUUCAGCGCAAACAGCCCCCUCGUUCUUGCUCGCUACGGCGCCAGCUCUCCCGGCACCAUUCCUGGCGGCUGGCCUUACCAGACUAUCUGGCAAUGGGCAGACUCUGGCACAUUCCCCGGCGACCAGGAUGUCUUCAACGGAAGCGAGGCCAGCCUCAAGAAGCUCGCUACCGGUUAA